AAAGCUUCACUCUCUGCUGAAGAGAUAUCAAGUAUGGUUCUUGCAAAAAUGCGGGAGAUUGCUGAAGCCUAUCUUGGAUCAACUGUGAAGAAUGCAGUGAUCACGGUCCCUGCUUACUUCAAUAAUUCACAGCGUGAGGCAACAAAAAAAGCUGGUAUUACUGCAGGUCUAAAUGUGAUGCGUAUCAUCAAUGAACCAACUGCAGCAGCCAUUGCUUAUGGCCUGGACAAGAAGGCUGGUUGGUAUAGCAAGAGAAAUGUACUCAUAUUUGAUUUGGGUGGGGGUACUUUAGAUGUGUCACUACUUACAAUAGGUGAUGGUGUCUUUGAAGUGAAAGCCACUGCUGGAGAUACUCAUCUUGGAGGUGAGGACUUCGAUACCAAAAUGGUGAAUUACUGUGUUGUGGAAUUUAAGAGGAAGCACAAUUUUGAUGUCAGUGGAAACAGCAGAACUCUUAGGAGGUUAAGAAAUGCAUGUGAAAAGGCAAAGAGGAGACUUUCAUUUACAACUACAACUGACAUCGAAAUUGAAUGUUUGCAUCAAGGUAUUGAUUUCUGUGUGACUUUUACUCGUGCCAAAUUUGAACAGCUCAACCUUGAUUUCUUUAAUAAGUGUAUGGAGCCUGUGGAGAAGUGUUUGGAGGAUGCCAAAAUGGACGUUGGUAGUGUCCAUGAUGUCGUUCUUGCUGGUGGCUCUUCUAGAAUUCCCAAGGUGCAACAACUGCUACAGAAUGUGUUCAAGGGGAAGGAGCUGUGCAAGAGCAUAAAUCCUGAUGAGGCAAGCUGUUCAAGCUGCAGUCUUGACAGGUGGGAACUUGCAUGGGAAACUACAAGACUUCACUCUCUUGGAUGUCACCCCUCUCUCACUUGGAGUGGACUGUACUGA